AUGGUGGACCUUGCACCAGAGCGUGAAGAUAGCGACCCAAGCCCUUCUCAUAAUAUGGAAUCGGGAGACGAUGAAGGAGAAGAGCAAAUCUGGGUCAAAGUCAACAAAUUGGAUCACCUCAAUGCGAUCAAACACCAAAUGCCCAAUCACCGCAAACGGAACUUGCGGAUGAGCUACAAAGGUCAUUUCGAAAACAUUCCUUGCGUAUCAUUUGCCAACUUUGAUUUGGACCCGAAUGGCUUGUGGAUGGUUAGCACUGACAUUUUCAACCGGGUCGUUGUAUGGAGGGUCUGGGACGACUUGAGCCCCAUCCAGAUGUCCUAUCUUGGAAAUCCGCACAACAACCCUCCGCAGAGGGGAUGGUUUGUCUUGCCCAUAGACCCGCGCAGAGUUCAACGACACAGUCUGAAAAUUGAUGCAUGUGGAUGUCAACCAAUACCGAAAAUGAUGCGGAAUCGGAUGAUACUCAAUGUAACGACUGCAAUGGACCAGAUCAGCGAAAUGUCAGUGGCCCUUGCUCUCAGGCUUUCUAGGUCUUCUGUGACUCACAGACCCCUGCCCGAGGAUAUAUUCUCGCCCGAUUGCUUUGUUGGGCCUGACUCUCGACCCCAUUAUUCAAGUUCACAGCAAGAUCUCCCACAAGUUUGUGGAGACUCUCAAACUGACCUGGACAACACUACGCCCCGUGUAUGGCUCCGUGCAACACCUCCUAUUACCGAUUUGAUUGAAGAAGACAACAAAAAUUCUGACGUCCACCCAUUCGAACUUCUUGUGCCACCAGUUCUUGAGGAAAAUGACCUACCGACUCUGGAGCGCAUCCCCGUUCAUCCAUCUAAACCUCGAUUCUUCCCCCUCCUACAUUUCUCCGAGCGUGAUAUCUGUUUGGCUCCAUACCCACUUGACGCCGAAUUUCAAACGCUCUGCAAAGCACCUCUUUGGCAACGCUCCUACAUGAAUGAGGAGAUUAACGCUGCCUGUGAUCGCUUCAACAUGGUCAAGUAUGUCCCUGAACUUGGGAUUGUUGUCGCUGCAUCCCAAAAAGGCCGUGUUGCUAUCAUUACCAUUACCUGGCAGGAGGAAAUUGGCGUUUCCUUCCGCCUCGACUGGAUUGUCCCUUUCUUUACACAGGAAAUGGCCGAUGAACGACCUAUGGUUCCUCUUCUUGGCAUCGCUGUGAGCCCUAUGCCAGGAUUCGAGAUCCCGCCAGAUGUACCCUGUAUCCCUAGGGAUGUCGAUCCUAACGAAUGGCUCGAAUUCAACUACCGCAUACUGAACCCUGAUAACGAUGAUCAGUCAGGCGACGAUUCAGCCACCACUACUUCCAAAGAUGCUUCCUUCACCAAGUCUACACCUGCUGGCCAGAAUGACUCCACACGAGAACAAGGAUCUCAAACUAGCAAUCGUGCUCGGAACAUGUUCGAUGGUCGUCCGAAUCUCACACUUCCUGAAAUCCAUGCCCACGCCUCCGAUGUGUAUCAACCCCAUGAGACCUGGCAUGGAUCGCACCCAUCCCGACAUUACAGGCUCCUUCUGAUGUUCUGCGAUCAUACUGUCAUGAGCUAUGAGUUCUGGCAUAACUGGAGGAAAUGA